AUGUUACAAAUUCAGAGAGGAUUGAUUAUUAUUAGCAGUGUGUGUAUAAUUUACCUCGUCAUUAUAUGGUUAUCUAGCAUAAAAUUAAUAGUUCAUCAUUCUCCAUUAUAUAAAAUUAAUGAGAAUGAAUAUUUCAAAAAUUGCAUUAAAUCUAAACAUUCAUGGAUUAGAUGUACUAAAUAUUUGAAUCUGAUAAGUAAUCAAAAAAUUAUCUCUCUAGAUUCAUAUUCUCAACGUUGGCCACCAUCUUCUGUUACAUACUUAAUUGAUGAACGCUUACAUAGUUUCAAUCUUGCAUUACAUUUUUCACUUGCGCAUAAUGCAACAGAUUCUAAGGAUGAAGACCUUUACAAUAAAUUUGCAGAUAUGGUAUCUAACAGCUACAAACAAGAGGAAUUAUUAACUGGUAUGGAACCAGAAUACAUGGGAUCGAAUUCAACUGACUACUCUAGAUUUCCACAAAAUUUGAACUUUUCAAAGCCGAUCUAUGAUAUACAAAAUGCAAUUCCAAUUCACACGAAACCUAUCAAUAAUCCAGAAAUGUUUGCACUCCGGGUUCCUAAAUCUGUCUGCAGACCAUAUUACAAUGAGUUAAUUCCAAAUCUGAUAGUAAUAAUUAAAUCGUCAGUGUAUAACUUCGAAUACCGUGACCGUGCAAGACGAACAUUUAUGCAGAAAAAAUUAUGGCCGAAUUUCAGUGUUCAGUUUGUAUUUGUCCUAGGAAUCCCCAUGGAAAACGAAUCAAACUCCUUCAGAUUUGAUGGAAAUACAUAUGUCUUGGAUACGAAGUGGUGGAGAUUUUCUAAACAUUAUGGAAGUUCCAAGUGGCCGUUUGUAAAACAGUUGUCAUUGGAGGCUGAUUUAUAUGAUGAUUUGUUGAUUGGAUCAUUUCACGAUACAUAUUACAACUUAACAAAGAAGAUGAUAUUUUGUUUAAGAUGGCUCUCAGCAUUUUGUCCAAAACAAGUCCCUUUAUAUUUGUUUAUAGAUGAUGACUAUGAUUUAGUACCAAAGAAUGUAAUAACAUUUUAUGAUAAUAAUACUGAAGACUAUUUAAGAAAUAUGAAUGGAGGUUACAUCCGUUCAUCUCGAACCGUUUUCAGACCAAUGGUUGAUGAAACAAGUAGUGUCUGGGCAAUGACUGUAAAGGAAUUUCCAUGGAUAUCUUAUCCGCCGUACUAUCAUGGAUUGACUUAUGUUAUUGGUGCAAGCUUGGUGCAUCGUCUUGCUAUUGCAAGUGCUUUUGUUAAAGAAAUACGCAUUGACGAUGCCUAUCUAGGGAUCUUAUUUAAUAAAUUAAAUAUAACACUUGUUCAUUUGAACAUUAUUGGUCCUUCUUUAACUAAAAAGGAUAUUAUGUCAGGUGGAAUAAAUGUACAUCAUAAAAUCAGUAAACGUAUAAUGAACUGGAGCAGCGGAUUGGAUCCAAUUCGUAUUCAAAUGAAAUUAUACAAACAAUCCGUUGAACUUACCAUCAAAUCAAUCUGUAUAAAAAUAAAUAAUUUAAAUCAUUUACAAUAUUUAAGAAAUUAUACAAUAUGUUCAUAUAAUAAAUUAGAAGAAAUAACCCAAUCAAAAAUAAUAUGGAUGAAUUUUAUUUAUCAAUCAAAAUUUAUUCAUCAUCAUUAUGAUUAUUUAAAACAAAUUACAAUAACAAAUUCAUUUACUCAUUUUAUGUUUUUCUACAAUCAAAAUGAUCAAAUUCAACACAAUAAUAAUAAUACAAUAUUAUUGGAUUUAAAAAUUCAUUAUAAUAUUCGUUAUGAUAAUCGUAUAAUUUAUCAUUUUAAUGAUGAUUAUUCAAUGAAAAAUGAAAGUUACAUUAACCAUCGUAUAUUGACAAGAAAUGAAAUUGUUGAACCGGUAACAUUUAUUUUAAUGGAACAUCAUCCUAAACAAUUUAAUGUUACAGAAGCAUUACAAGCGAUCUCAUCUGGUCUUUCAUUGAACGAGAUACCAUGCAACAACAAUGACUUAAUUGCUAUUCGCUUACCAAAACGCACCUGCGAUCCUUGUUCUAGGACUAAAAAUGUUCAUCUUGUGGUGAUUGUGAAGUCAUGCGUUUAUUGUUUUGAACAGCGAGUGUUUGCCCGAAAGACUUAUAUGAAUAAAGAUAUGUGGAAGAAUUUCAGAGUACAGCUCGUGUUUACAGGUGGAUUGCCAACACCAAACGAAACAAAUACUUACCACUUUGACGGUUUUAUGACUACCCCAACUAUAGACGCGAUGCAAUUAUCAAGUAAACAUGAUGUUUCGAAAUGGUCAGCAGUCAAGAUUUUAAGUAAUGAAAGUAAAAUAUAUGAUGAUAUGUUAAUAGGUGCUUUUCACGAUACAUAUUUUAAUUUGACAACUAAAAUGAUGUUGUCUUUACGUUGGGCCACGAACUUCUGUAUCUCUCAGUCACCGUUAUUCUUAUUUAUUGACGAUGACUAA